GUUCCUAAUUCUUUUCUUUAAUAAUAAUUGUUUCUAAAAAAAAAAAAAAGAAAGUAUUUUUCUAAAAAAAAAAAUCAAAUAUAAUACAUAGCUUGCUAGUUUAAAGAAAAAGCUUAAACCUCUCUUGUUAGAAAACGAUUUGAAUCGUACAAAAGCCCAGGGAAGACAGAGCAGAAGCUCUUGUCUGCCUGAUCAAAGGAAAUAAAAAAAUGCAGAGAUUAUUGAGUUCGAAACUCGCCUCGAAAUUCUCUCACUCCACCUCUAACCAUUCUUCUUCUUCGCUCUUCAAUUCACAUCCCUACAAAACUAUUACUUCCCUACCAAAACUACCCAAAACCCAAACCCAAACCCAAACCCAAACCCACUUCCUCUCUCAUAGACCGCCCUACAACUCUCAUUCAUGGCGGUCGCACCACAAUCUCUCUCCCAAAAUUCACGCCUUUCUCUCCAACCCACUUCUCGCCAAGCGUUUCUUGGAUGCCUCCAAUUUGAGCGCCACCAGAAGGACUCUCAAGGAUUGCAGUGUUGGUUUUCUCAGAAGCCAAUUACCCAAACGGGCUUUUCGCCUUGACCCGGAUUUUAGUUCUUAUAAGCGUUCCUGGAGAUCAUGGUUAAGUGGGUUAACACCUAAUGAUAUGGUUCUGGGCUUGCUUAUAGCUAAUGUCGCUAUUUUUCUGCUAUGGAGGGUGGCAGAUUAUAGAUUUAUGAUGAACAAUUUCACUAUUUCAGUGGAAAACUUUAAAAGAGGACGUCUGCAUACUUUGAUAACUUCUGCUUUCAGUCAUACUGAUAUGGAGCAUAUCAUUCAUAACAUGAUUGGACUGUACUUCUUCGGGAAUCAUCUUGGCCAUGUUUUUGGGUCUGAGUUCUUGCUGAAGUUGUAUCUAGCCGGUGCAGUAGCUGGUUCUGUCUUUUAUUUGAUGCAUUCUGCCUUUUUGGCUUCCUCGUCAAAGGGCCGACAACCAUGGAUGGACCCUCUAAAAGCACCAGGAUUGGGGGCAAGUGGGGCUGUCAACGCUAUACUUUUGCUUGACAUAUUCCUCUACCCAAAAUCCACUUUGUAUUUUAACUUCUUCAUACCAGUUCCUGCCAUUUUACUGGGGAUCUAUCUAGUAGGCAAAGAUGUCUUGGGGAUGAUAGAGGGAGACACUCCAGGAUCGGCACAUCUUGGCGGCGCAGCAGUUGCAGCUUUGGCCUGGACGCGACUUAGAAAGGGGCGUCCCUUCUAAUUUUAAUUAUAUUUCUAAAUUUAUUUGUCAGCUCUGCAGAUUCCUGCUUUGUAAUAUUUUUUUGGUCAAUCCUCCUAACCUAACACUAACAAGGACAUCUUUGGAUAUAUCCGAGUAAAUGACGCUUCCAUGCAAGCUUUUUCAUGAUUUAUGUGAGCUUCCAGUGCCCUUUGUAAAGUGAGACGCUGAACCAUUACUAACACUGGAAGAACAUACUUGAAGGGAAGAAGUUAUUUUAUUAUUUGCUAAACUUUGCGUUACAUUAUUGCCCCUAGGUGAUGUGUUGUUUGGUAAUUUUCAGACAGUUAGUCUGAGUUAUUUUCUUA